AGCAGCAAUAACAUGAGUACGCAUCGUCAUUGGAUUCAGUCGUCUUCUGUCUACAGAAAUGUUCCAGAUGAGUCUUACUUUGAGUUUUAAAUCUAUUAUUUCAAAUUCAUUAAUUUCCAUCUCUGUGAUAUUUUCUAUAAAAAAUAAUUACUGGACUGAAUAAGUGUUUGUUUUGGGUUUUCGUGAAGUGAUGACGUCAGGCAUUUAAGAAAACGAAUGAGGAGGAAAUUGCUAGUGGACAAUAUUACGAAAAUACCCAUUAUGAUAGAAGAUGAUGAGAUUGAAUGGCAAUUUGGACUUAUUAUCGCAAUUUAAAUUUCAUUCUUCUCCCUCACAAUUUGAGAAUGUUUAUCGCUACAAUUUAAGUCUGUUGUCACCAUAAAGCCCCCCCCCCAUCAACGUAAGACAAACAACAUAGCACCAUUUUACGGGAAAUUUGAUAAAAAAUCGAGAUCACAGUGAUUUAUCAGCCUCACGAAGAUUCAGUUCCUUUAGAGACGUUCAUCUGACUCCACAUAAUCUUUUAUUUGCAAUUUAGUUACAUUGGAAGAUAUAUAUUAAUGGAGGCUGACCCCGAAACAAGUAUUGUGCACUUAUAGAGUUCUGUGUUAGAUACGUGACGUUUAUUCCUUUAAAAAUUUUGUGAAAUUCUGUCGUGUUAUCCUGUGAUCUGUUUCCUAAUAAUCACAUAAAAAAUUUCAUGAUAGCACUUAUAUAACGCUCAUUGUAUUUUUUCACGUCUUUCCUGCGCUAAUACAAACAUUUUAAGUGUAAAUUGUUAUAGAUAUGAAGACAGUAAAUUUAGUAGUACCUGAUGCAGAGGAUAGAGCAAGGCUGAAAAAUGUCGGAUCUACACCCCGUCCAUCAUUCCUCCGUCGUGGAUCACUGAUUCAAAAGCGUGAUCACAAAGUUAAGGCUGCCAUCAUCCGACGUAUCCAUAUUCUCUCAUGGAUAAAAUCAUACAGCACGAAAGCCGCGAUCUCAGAUUUGAUUGCAGGGAUUACUCUUGGUCUCACUAUGAUUCCUCAAGCAAUUGCCUAUGCUGCUCUAGCCAACGCACCUUCGCAAUAUGGCCUGUACUCAGCUUUCGCCGGAAGCUUCCUCUACGUGAUCUUCGGCAGUAUACCUCAAGUAUCCAUUGGACCCACUAAUCUCAUGUCCCUCUUAACUCUUCAGUUUACAAUGGACAAACCCGUGGAGUUUAUCGUGAUCCUAACAUUUCUUGCUGGAAUUAUGGAGUUCCUAAUGGGGGUUUUGAAACUUGAAUUUUUAGUGGAAUUCAUCUCAGUACCAGUAACUUCAGCCUUCACAACUGCCACUUCUUUGAUUAUCAUAGCUUCUCAAUUAAAAGGGAUUUUUGGUAUAACCUACUCAGCUAAAGGAUUUGCCGAUUACAUUAUAGGGUUGUUUGGAAGAUUAUCUGAAGUGAAACUAGGUGAUAGUCUUCUUGGACUUUUCUGCAUAAUUUUUCUUCUCAGCCUUCGGUUCCUCAACAAUAUUCCUGUGUCAACGAAUACAAAACUAGGAGCUUUCUUGAAGAAAUUUCUGUGGUACAUUAGCAUCUCUAGGAAUGCUAUAACAGUCUUGAUUACAUCUUUUAUUGCAUACUACUGGAUCGUAGAUUCAGGAGAGUCAGUUCCAUUUAAACUCUCCGGCAAAGUAGAGCCUGGUAUACCCACAUUUCAGUUACCACCCUUUAACAUUGACUACCACAAUCGGACUCUAAACAUCUUGGAAAUUUGCUCAGAACUUGGGGCUGGAAUUGUGGUAAUCCCACUUGUUGCUGUCUUAAUGAACGUUGCAAUUGCCAAGUCAUUUACUGCCGGAACGACAGUUGAUGCUUCACAGGAAAUGUUAACACUUGGCUGCAUCAAUAUCAUAGGAUCAUGCUUCCAAUCAAUGCCAGCCUGUGGUGCCUUUACACGUUCAGCUGUUAGUCAUGCGAGUGGUGUUCAAACCCCUAUGGCUGGACUAUACACAGGAAUAAUCAUAGUUCUAGCCCUAAGUCUCCUGACACCAUACUUUGCAUAUAUCCCCAAAGCCACUCUUGCAGCUGUAUUGAUCUGUGCAGUGAUCUUCGUGAUCGACUUGAAGCUGGUAGUAAGACUUUGGCGGGAAAGUCGACGUGAUUUCUAUUCAUGGUGUGGCUGCUUGAUUGCAUGUCUAGUUCUGGGCGUUGAGAUAGGACUUCUUGUUGGUGUUGCACUAACUUGUUUCCACUUACUAUCAAUGUGGGCCAGACCAAAGACUUCGGUCAAAGUCGAGGAGCUUGAAGGAAAUCAAUAUAUCAGAAUUACUCCAAAUGCUGGAUUGUAUUUUCCUGGAAUUGACUAUCUCCGUGAAAGGACUAAUAGGGCAACAGCAGCUGCAGAAUUCCAUGUUCCUGUGGUGAUUGAUUGCAGCAAAUUCACAGGACUGGACUUUACUUCUGCCAAAGGAAUAGGAAAUAUUGCUGCGGACGUUAACAAUCACAAACAACUUCUUAUUCUUCAGAACUUGGAAGUUUCCCUCCAAAAGUACAUUGACACGAACUAUGAUAUUAUUUUCUGUAACAAAGACAGUAAAUUGCAGGAGAUUCUAACUCAAGAGGGCAUUCGAAAUGGUACGAUUCCUCUAAUGCAGCAUAUAAGAGCGUCAAUAGAUUUGGGAUAUAAAGUUGAUCCCCUGAUUACAGUUGACGAAAGUCAGCAAGUUAGGAGAGAUUCGACAGAAUAAUAAUUUGUUUGAAUAAAAAGAGUGAUAACAGAGAUGGUUAUUGAAAUAAAGAACUUAAAAUCAUAAAAAAA